CCCCCGCCCCGCGGGCUCGGGGCUCCGCCCGCCUCGGUGCCAGCCAAGCGCACAGGCGGCGCGGGCGCGCGGCUCCCGGCGCCCUCUCCUCCGGCCGCCGGCUCCGCGGAGUAGCCGGGACCCGGGAGCGGCUGCAAGGACUUCCCUGCCGCUCCCUCCCCCUCUCCGCCCCCGCCUCCCAGCCCGGGCUCCGACAUCGCGCCGAAGACAAUUGCAGUAAAUGAGGACAUCGGAGGAGCACCGGGCCGAGUGGCUGAGGCUGGCUCCGCCGCGCCGCGAGCAAGCGAGCGCGCGGGCGUCCCGGGAGCGGGCCGAGCUGCUGCCUCCCCGCGCGCGUCGCUGAGCGGGGCCGGAGGGAGGCGAGCUGCGGCGCGGGGGCCGGCCGGGCCGGGCGGGCCGGGCCCGCGGCGGUGGAGGGGGCGGGCGGCGGGCGCGCAGCCGGCCAAGUCCCCGGAGCCGAGCUUCCUCCGCGCGAGCCCGGCCAGCUUUGCCGCGGAUGCCCUGCCCGGAGCGCUCCGUGCCGCGCCAGGCUGGCCAGGGUCCGCGGCGAGACAUGCCCGAGCCGGGCGCUGCACCGACCUCGACUUCUCUGUAAGCAGCGGAAGGCACCAUGGUCAGCAAGGACAGCGGCAGAUGCACACUCACGCCGCCGCCCGAGAGCGAAGUGGAGCCGGCCGCCUGCCUGGCCCUGGAGAUGAAGUACGCGCUGGACCCCAACCGCCAGGUCAAGAAACGGAACAAGGCCUUGCAGGUGCGCUUCAAGGACAUCUGCGAGGCACAGAACGAGCAACGUGAUGCGCAGCCGCCGCCCUCGGGCCUGCCUGUGGAAAGGCGCGAGGCCAGGCCCGCGUCCUGCAGGGCUGCCUACCGCAAGUACCUGACGGUGCCCGCGCGUCGCUCCAUCCCCAACGUCACCAGGAGCACUGGCGUGCAGACCUCGCCUGACCUCCGCAAGUGCUACCAGACCUUCCCCCUGGACCGCAAGCGCGGGGCCCCCCGUGGCAUCCCGGCCACAGAGCCCUUGCCAGGCCAGAAUGAUGGGCUGCUCCCCUCGGAGGCCCUUGGCAAGGGCGAGGCGGAGGUGGCCCGGCCGUGCGGCGCGGGGCGCAUUCACAAGACCACAGCCCUGGUCUUCCGCUCUAGCGAGCACAUGAACGAGCUGGACCGGCCUCCCGCGGUCAACUGCGCGGAGCCCUGCACCAGCCCCGACCCGCUCAGCUCUCCUGAAACUCCACUCCAGAACUCCCCGGGGCCUCUGGCUGCAGGGGAGCCUGAGCCGCCCGCCCCCAGCGCGGAGCUUAAAACGGAGGUCACCACCACGUAUGCGCCGGCCCCGGGCGCCAGUGCGGCCGAGCCAGGCUUGUGGGACUCUGCCGCCGCCAGCCAGUGGUCCCUGUGCCCAGCUGAGGAGGAGCGCGGGAGAGCCACGCAGCUCAACGGGCUCCAGGCGCCUGCGGACUCUGCGGCGGCCUGCUCACCCCCAGCGCAGUGCCUGUCCCCCAGGUGCCGCGAGCGGCACCUCCCGGGGCCGGACAGCCCUCCCAGUCCGACGGCAGCGGCUGCGGGGCAGGAAUGCCAACAAAUCGUGCCUCAUACGGAAGUGGUGGACCUCAAAGCACAGCUUCACGUGAUGGAGAACUUGAUCAGUUCCAGCCAGGAAACCAUCAAAGUGCUCUUGGGGGUCAUUCAGGAGCUGGAAAAAGGAGAGGCCCACCGGGAAGGGCUUUCCUAUCGGACGGGGCAGGACACAGCUAACUGUGACACGUGCAGGAACAGUGCCUGCAUUAUCUAUAGUGUGGAGCUCGACUUUAAGCAGCAAGAAGACAAACUGCAGCCAGUGCUGAGGAAACUCCAUACCAUUGAGGAAACUCAGGUCGCACCUUCGCCUUACUCUCAGGAGACCGCCUCCUCCACUCCCAAGCAAAAAUCCAAAACCGAAUCCAAAAAGCACGGAAGAUGGAAACUCUGGUUCCUUUAGGACGCGUGGUGAGCGGAGUCCCACGGCCGACUCUGAACCCACUCGAGUGAAGUCAAUCCUUUUUCCGAGACGGAUCGGACGGAGGACACCGGGGUGCCGACGCGGGCGCCCCCCGCUUCUCGCCCUGCGUACCAAAAAAGGCCUUUGUACCAAGAGAUCACCAACAGCAGCACGGUGUGCAGGGCCCCACCUUGCCGGCUGUUCGUCACAGCUCACUGGGGAGGGGAGCAAAACCGGAAACAGAACCUACACCGUCCAAGACGCUGUCAAACUCCGGUUCCCCUCCUCCGAGACCUGCAAGAAUUAUGUCAGCAGCCUGGGCCAGGGCAGGUUGUCACUCUGUACACAGCUAAAACUCAUAGUUAUUUUCAAGCCUUUAUUUAUUUUUUUUUUAAUAAUGAGAAGAAAAUCGCAAGCCUUAUGUUUGCAAAGGACCUCAUUUUUAUGUUUCAUUUUGCAAAUAAGCAGGGGGCGAGUGCAAUUUUCAGCACAUCAAAUUCUGGAGAAAGCACAAUUUUUUCAAAUGGUCGGAGACCAUGAAUACUCUCUCAAAUGUGACUACGUGUAUAUUUGCCUUCAUGUGCUGUAGCGCUAAGCCAAGUGACCACAUCUCCGUGUCACACGACACCUCCGACUCAGCACCCUCUUCAUCUCCAGACCUCUGACGUGUUCGUUCACCGCUCAUUUUCCAAACGGCCAGCAGCCAGGAGUCCCCCGAAGUCGGGAUAUGCCUUUUAUCACUGCAAGUUGACAGGGUCAGAGCUAUGGGACACUAAGCUUUCUUAGAUCUCAUUUUUAAUCUUUUGGUACCCGAAGGCCAACUGAUAAAUUCUGGCAGGAAUUUGGAGACACACACAAUGGAUAAAUCCCAGGCGUCUGGACCGCAGCGGAAAAAGUGUUGUUGUAGCUCAGUCACUGGAGACACUGUUCAUCCCGUGAGCAAAGCCAGACGUCCUACACAAUGUGUUCUGCCUCGUGACAUCUGUGCAAGACCUGGCCAUCUCAAAGAGAAACAGCGAGUCUCGUUUAGCUGCUAACCAAUGGACAAACUUACUGUCACCCACAUUUAACCUAUUAGUAAGUUGUACUAAGGGACAUACUUAGAGGAAAGCUGUGACUCAGAUGUUUUUAGGUAUUUUCUAAAUCAACAGUACCACUUGGAGUUCUCUCCUGAUUACAUACACAUCGCAAUGGAAGUCUUAGUUCUUUAUUUUUUCACGCAUUCCUUUGCACCUUUGCAAGUAUCUUUUUAUAGAAAUCAAAACCCCCUAGUCUAGUAAUGACUUUGUCUAUCAAUUUUUUGCUUUUCACAAUAGGAUGUAGGGAUCUUAUUUUGCCUUUUUUUGUACAACUUAAAUUUUGAAGAGUCUGUGAACAUAUAGAAAACCUAGUCUUCGAGUUUCUGUCCUGCAGUUUCAUGUGUAAUCGAGUGCAGACUUGCACACCUCACAGAUUAGAUGCCAAACACCAACGGUCUUGGUGAAAAGGAUCUUGACCUGCUUUGUUCAGAAUGGAGCUACUUCUUGCCACGCGUUUUCCUCCUGCCAACAGCAAAUCUAUUUUAGUUCUAAGUGUGUUGGCUCUACAAGGCCUAGUGAUCAGUAAUGAGAUCAGGACUUGAAAAAAGUGAGCAAACAUUCCUUGGGGAUUUCUCAAACAAUACUACAGAUACACACACACAGUCUCUCACAUACACCCACCCACACAGUCUCUCACACACACUCAAUACACAGUCGCACACAUACACAGUCUAACACGCACACACACCCACUCGCACACACACACACACACACGCCUUUUGAAGACACAGUAGAAAGAUUCAAACCCCCAAGUACCAGGAAGCAGAGUUGAGAAACAUUUAGUGCCAGAAGAAAGAUGACAGUGUAUCCUGAACAGGAGAAAGUGCAAUUGUUUCAUGUAGACUAAAAAAAUCUAAAAAUGUGUCUCAUGUUUUUUAUACUGUUUUUAACUAAUGUUGUAAAAACGUUUGCAACAAGUUAUGCCUCCUUAUGUUUUAAGAACCCCAACUAUGUCAGUGAAUUAAAAUGAGGGUAUUCGCAGCUUUCUGAUUACUUCUACAAAUCUGUCUAAACAAGAGGACAUCUCAGCACACAAAAUCACAUUAUUGUUUCAAACGGUCUCAACUAAAACAAGAUUACCAUGUUCAGAGUUAAAAAAGGAAUCCCUGGAGAUACACUAACCCCUCCUUAAAAAUAAAAGUCUCUUCAAAAUAGAAAAGAAAUACUUUCAAAAUCAUGUCAUAGUUUCAUUGCAACGUGUCACUAAUAGAUGGUGAUCCUUCUCCUGGAAAGAUUGAAGUCAAACUUUGAUAUAAAACCAAGAUACAACGUACAAUGUUCCCGCGUAUGUAGAUGUGCACACGGCAUUACGUAUAGAGAUUAAAUUAUUAUACCUGUCAUUAAGUUCUUUAAUAAUUUUUAAAUAAAACA